UGCAUUGCAGAUUGAGUAUGCUGUGUCUGGGUUGGAAAUGCAGCUCAGUGAUUGCGCCCUGUGUGUACAGCAGGCCCCUGUUAAAGGCAGUGUGGAGAUGAAGGGGGUGCAGAGGGUGGAGUUGGGGACCCUGCUGCAGGUCACCCAGGCCUUGGAGGCGGUGGUGGGCCCAUGCUUCGGUCCGUCCGGGGGCCAGGUCCUCUUCACCCGCGACUCUGGAGAGGUCCUCAUCACCAGGGAUGGCCGCAGGAUCCUUACCUCGCUUCGGCUUGACCAUCCCGUUGCCAGAGUCCUGGUGGGAUGUGUAUCAGCACACUGUAAGAUCACGGGUGAUGGAGCCAAGUCCUUCCUUCUCCUGCUGGGGGCGCUUCUGCGGGGUAUCCACAGCGACCAUCUCCACGGCAUUCAGGCCCGCCGCGUGGCUCACAUUCUGCUGUCCUUCCAGACGCUCGUUUUGGAUGGCGUGAUCGGGCAGGGCCUCGCCCCUCGCGCCCUGUCCCUUCUCCAGGACCCCGCCCACCUGCGCCCGCUCACGGACGCCUACUUCCGGGGAAAGACGGCGAGCUCCCACUGGGGGGUCCUGAGCCAGACGGCCUGCGAGUUCUACCGCAGGUGGCGGUGUGAGCAGGACUGCACCGGCGUGACCCUGAUCGCCCGCCACUUCGCCGCGCUCCACACGCCCGUACCAGGCCUGCCCGUGAGCCGGUCCCGGGUCCUCCAGGGCCUGGUGAUCCACAGAGACUUUGCGGUGCGUUGCCCUGGCGACGGGCCGCUCCGAGCGCUGGCCACAAGCGUGCCGCUCCAGUCCCCUCUGGCGCCCCCUGGCGUCUCUCUGAACCUGGCGAGCGCGGCGCAGGCGCAGAGGUGCUGCGGCGGGGUGGGCGGGAGGGCAGAGCGGGGCGUGGCCUGCCUGCGCAGGCUGAGGGUGGGGCUGCUGCUCUCGGCAGCGAAGCAGUCGGAGCUGGCGCUGGACCUCGCUCGGCGGGCCGGCCUGUCCGUGGUGGAGUGCGUGGACAGUGACGAGCUGGCGCUGUUCUGUCGGCUGGCGGGGGCGGAGCUCUUUGCCGACCCCGGUGACUGGAGCCUGAUUGGAGAGGAGCACGUUGCCACGGUGACAUUCUGCAAGCCCGUGGUGCUGGGUCCCGACAGGUUGGCCCACGUGGGCUUCCCAGAGGGGCGGGGCUUGGCACCGCACUGCCUGGUUCUGUGCGGGCCCAGUCCCGGCCUGGCGGAGCAGUGCAGCACGGCCUUCUGCGGACUGUUCCGGAUGCUUCAGCGCGUGUACGAGCCUGUCCAGUCGCGUCACGGACAGGGUCCUGUCCAAUCGCAUCACAUGCUACGAAAUGUCAAGGCAUCAGGAGAGCGGCCCGGCGUCCAUUUUGGGGAAGGGAAAGAAGGAGCAUUGGGGACCCGUACCCGAGAAACAGGCCCCGCCUCUUCAAGUGUCCUAAUAGAGGCAGGCAGCGUGCUACCAGCAGGGGGCGCAUUUGAGUUCGUACUGCACCACUGCCUCUUGCAGCAGGCCUCCCAGCGGCGCUGCCCCGACCUGCGCGUGGCCUGCCGGCUGGUGGCGGGGGCUGUACUGAGCGUGCCCAGGCGGCUGUACCCCGGCCCACGCUUCCUGGAUGCCCAGUCACACUUCCUGAGGGCCUCUGGGGCCGCCCCCCCCAGCUGGAGGGUUCGGGGGCUGGAGUCCCUGGCCUGUAAAUACCAGCUCCUCCUCUCCGUCCUGCACACUGCGUCAAGCCUGCUGUCCGUGGACCUCAUCCUUCACACCCACAUCCGCAGCCAGGCGGAACACAGCCAGGAGGAGGAAGAGGAGGCAGAAGAGUAGAAAUGUUCUGUCAAUCCUGUUUUUCAUUAUGCACAAAUUUGAAUGGCUGUAUGUAUUUAUACAAGUUCCAGGUCCUCCCAUGUGAUAGUAUAUUCAUACCUUAAGUAUGUGAAAUUGGGGUGGCAGGUAUGCCAUCCUGCAAAGUUACGCCUUGGUGGGGUGGCAUGCCCCAUACAUAUACAGCACCGAGAGUUCGGCACUUUUCAGGGUUUCCUUACAGAAAUAACCACAAUGACCACAGACUCAACCCUUAAAAACCUUCAUUUCUGUACCUUCUGACCUCACACGUCCACAAAAUAAAGCCCCAGACUUAGUGGA